AUGAAAGCAACAUUCGUGGCAAUAUUAGCCACAGUUGCAUUCACAUUCGCCACUCCACCAGAGUGUCCGAAGAAGAAUGGAGAAGAUGUCAUUUUGCUUCCGAAUCCAGAUGACUGCUCCACAUUCUAUUACUGCGAUGAAGGCAUAGCAUAUUUAACGAACUGUAGCAAAGGGCUUGAAUAUGACCCAAAACUAAGGAUAUGUGGUUAUCCGAGAGAGGAUGCAGACUGUAUACGUCGUCCUACAAGGCCAUCCAACUCUGCACCUGCACCCUCCAACAAAACAACACCACCAUCUUGUGCAUGUGGCUGUACACCUGAAACUACUACGCCUCCUCCAUGUAACUGUACUACUACACCUGAACCCUGUAUAACACCGCCUCGUCCAUGUAACUGUACUACUACACCUAAACCCUGUAUAACACCGCCUCCUCCAUGUAACUGUACUACUACACCUGAACCCUGUACAAAACCGCCUCCUCCAUGUAACUGUACUACUACACCUGAACCCUGUACAAAACCGCCUCCUCCAUGUAACUGUACUACUACACCUGAACCCUGUACAAAACCGCCUCCUCCAUGUACUACACCUCAAACUACUACUACACCUGAACCCUGUACAUCAACACCAUCACCAUCUCCUAGUACACCAUGUCCUACGAGACCACCUCGUCCUCCAAGACCACCUCGUCCUACGAGACCACCUCGACCAACUCGUACACCAAGACCACCUCGUCCCACGAAACCAACUCGUCCACCUCGUCCACCAAAGCCAACUCAAGCACCAAGACCGCCUCGUCCACCGAGGCCCCCUCAUCCAAUUUGCCCUCCAAAUGGGCCAUGCCAUCCAGUUUGGCCAUGCCCUCCAAAUUGGCCAUGUCCUCCUCCAAGUUGGCCAUUACCUCCUUCUCGUCCUUGCCCUGAAAAUAAGUCAGAUGACAAUGACGAAAAGUAACUUGUCUUAUGGUUAAUAUGAAUUGUUAAUGUUACUAAAAUUUUCAAUGUAGUUGGCUCGCAUUAUAUGUUCGAAAUCUAUUCAAUAUAAAUGAAUAAAUAUCUUUGAAUUUAA